AUGCCCAAACGUCAACGAUAUUCUCCAAUGGUUUCCAAUGGCUCGUAUUAUUCCAAUAACAUGAAGCUAUUUUCCUUCUUAUUUCUAUUGAUGGCAUCAACGUUGCGUCAAAUUCAAGCCUUUUCGGUGAAGCAAAAUGUCAAUAGGUUUGCCCCUUUCAUGCGUAUCGGUACCGACAAGAGUCAGCGUAACUGUCCUCGCCACUAUGUAUACACUCCAGAACAACAAGAAGACUUUGAAAAGGAAAAGGAAGAGGAGGACAAUAAUAGUAAUAAGGUUUCAGGCGAAGUUUUGGGUUCUCUCUUGAAAAAGCUGGACAAAUCGAAGACCAAGGAAGAACCAAACAAGAAGGAAAACAAAGCCAUGGCAUUCUUGCGGAAAAAGGGAAAGGUUGGAGGCAACCAGGACUUUACGAAUGCCAUUGGCUCGGACGAAGGUUCUGGAAUGUCCGGCCCCACAUCCGACGGUGCAAAUGCCGCCACAUCGCCUCUUUCCAAAGCCAAAAGUUCCUAUCAAGAUUUGGUCGACUCUGGUGUUAUUGAUGAUCUCUCGGAAUCUUUUCCCUUGACUAGUUCUGGUAGUGAAUGGAGGGGAACUUCUGAUCGUAUCAAAGGCGGCACUUCGGAGGGUGCCAUCCGCAGAGAGACUGUCAGUGACAAGGUAUGCAAUGUGUUGGUUGGUCAAGUCUCCAAUGAGCCCGAAGCUUUUUUGCAAAUGAUUACCGACCUUUCUGGUAAAAGUCGUGACAGCGGAGUGGAUGCCUCUGGCUAUGAUGGGAUUGAAUUGGACAUUUUGUCACAAGAAGGAUUCCAAUUCAAUGUCCACUUGCGAUCGGCCAAAUUCCCCAAAAAUUCGUAUUGUCACACUGCCACCUUGGAUUGUCUAUUUGGUUGGUCCACCAUUCGGAUUCCUUUCACCUCCUUUGUCGAUCCCGACGAUGGAACUUCCGUAGACACUGGUAGUCUCUCGAGAAUAGGCAUUGUGGCUUUGGAACCAGAGUCCUUGGUGAAUUUGGCAGUAAGUGGCGUUCGAUUUUACAGCGUCAUUUAA